AUGUUAUUGUUAGUAUUUAAAAAUGGCAAUAAAUUUGUAAAAUUACCUAAAAUAGUUAGUGAAUUCAGGAGAUAUAAAAAGUAUAUAUCACUGUACAAAGAAAGAGUUAAAACCAAUGAUUCCACAAAAAAAAUAAACAAUACUGUUAAAAAUGAUAAGAAUCCAGUGAAUAAUUUGGAAAUUACUGAAAAGUUUUCCUUUUUGCAGAAUACUAGUAAUAUUUUACCUACUGGUAUUGAUAACAUUUAUAACAUUUUCAACAUACUGUGUAAUACUGAGCCUACUAACACAUCCUCAGAUACUCUUGAUAAUCCACAGGCCAAUCAAAAAAACGGUAUAAUAUAUAUAAAUAUAUACUUGAAUUUGAAUAUAAACAAUAUAUCUAUAAGGGGAAAUUUGAUAUUACCGAACCCUAACAACUAUAGACGUAAGAUAUUUGUUAUGUGUGAUAGGGAUGAAGAAGAAUACGCUUUACAAUGCGGGGCAACUUACACAAGUGAGUCAUAUCUGGACAAGGUAGUCAAUAAUUCUUCUGAGUUGGAGGAUUUAAUUAUCAUUUCUAACAACUUACACCUUCCUAAAUUACUCAAAUAUUCCAAAAUUCUUGGUCCCAAAAAAUUACUUCCAAAUAAACACAUGGGUACAUUGUGUAAUAAUAUUUAUGAGGGAAUAAAGAGGGUUAGAAGUAAUAAUUUCUUACAGUACUACAUUGAAACUAUUAAACAAUCUGAAUUUAAUCAGAUGUUAUCAAGCAAUUCUCACAUCGAUUCCUCCGAAUUGAAUCAAAAGAACAUGUGUAAAAUAAGAGUUCCAAUAUCAAUAAUAGAAAAUGGCCUCAAAGAGUUAGUUGAUAACAUUAAAUUCUUCAUUGAGUAUUUGAAGAUAAAUAAUUUAAGCAAUCGCAAGGUACAAGUCAAUACCAACACACUCGGAAACUUUGUUUAUCCACCUCCAAGGAAUUUAUCUUUAUCUCCCUCUGACGAAACCAAUGACUCAAGGGAAAAUAUAAUAUCUCACAUGGCACUUGAUUUAAAAAAUUAUAACCAUUUGUUUUUUCUCAAUCAUCAUUCACUUAACUCACUAAUAUAG